AUGGCAGAAAACGCGACUCAUGACCUGUUUUGCCACACUAUCAAUUCAUUGGAUGACUUUCCUAUCUGGCGCAAUUUCACCGCGAAGAUUGUUGAUGGCUCUCCCGCUCUUUUUAUGUUUCAGAUGACAAUUAUUUCCCUGGUAUCAAACUUAUUGGAAAUCUUUCUCAGGCCUCUUGGACAACCGAGUUGCGUUUCCCAGAUAUUAGCUGGUAUGAUAUUUGGUCCUUCACUCCUCGGGCAAAACAAGAAGUUGCUAGAUACCAUGUUCCCUAUAAGAAGUUUGGCAACUCUGUGGACAGUGGCAUCAUUUGGAAAUUUAUUCUAUACCUUUCUAAUUGCAGUGAAGGCAGAUCCUGCAAUGAUGCUAAAGCCAGGUCGAGCUGCUAUGUAUAUAGGCUCCUCUAUGUUCUGCAUCACUUUAUUUCUUUCCCUUGCACUAUCAUUCUUAUUGAAAACCGUUGUCACCAUGGAAGCUAAUCUCAAUAAAUCGAUCGUCUUCAUAGCUGCAUCACAGUCAUUUACAGGUUUUCCAGUCGUUGCUGCCUUCCUAACUGAGCUCAAGAUCCAGAACACAGAUGUUGGCCGCCUAGCCCUUGCUUCAGCAGUAUUUUCUGAUUUAAUUGAUAUUGUUGUGGCCGCAAUUUCGCUCACACUUGGGGAUGUCGUUUCUCACCCACUUGCGCCAGUGCAGGCAGUCCUAUCAAACAUUGCAUUUGUUAUUGUUAUCGUGUUCAUCAUCAAGCCAAUGGUAAUGUGGAUGAUGGGUCCAAUAAAAGAAAUGAAACUUGUGGGUGGGAAAUGCAUUUUUAUCACCACCGUUGUCACUCUACUCCUCGCAUCUGUGAGCGAGAUCGUCGGCCAGCAUUACGUCCUUGGGCCAUUGAUUUUUGGCUUGGCUUUACCGAUCGGACCACCUUUUGGAGCAACUUUGGUAUCGAAGCUAAGUACUUUAGUUUGCGGUCUCCUCUAUCCCGCUUACCUUGCUGUUACUGGUCUGCAGACCAAUAUCUUCAAAGUUGAUUUUCAGUCUGCAAUUAUUGUGGGGAUAGUUAUGGUUUCUGGUAUCAUAAUUAAGUUGGGAGCAGUCAUUUUGCCAGCCUUGCAUUCUCAGGUGCCCGUUCGAGAUGCUUUUCUGCUGGCAAUCAUCUUGAAUAUAAAGGGGAUUGUGGAAAUCAACGUUUACAACUUCUGGAAAGAUAACAAGACUUUACAUGAUGGCGAUUACGCUUUGUGCAUAGUUUCGGUGAUUUUAACAAAUGUAGUUGUUGCCCCAUUGGUGAAACUACUCUACAAUCCUUCAAGGCAAUACCAUACUUUGAAGAGAAGCACCAUCCAACAUUGCAGGGGAGAUUCAGAACUUCGGAUGCUGGUCUGCAUCCACAACCGUGAGAAUGUCCCUACAAUCAUAAACCUUCUAGAAAUAUCACACGCCACAGAAGAGAGCCCUAUAGCAGUCAUUGGAUUGGUGCUUGUCAAGAUUGAGGGACGAGCUGCCCCAAUCCUAAUAGCAAACAGCCGAAAAGGAGUCCCGGAGGCAGAAUCAUCCAGUACAACCAGCAUCCUCAAUGCCUUAAGGAACUAUGAGCAAAAUCAUCGGAACUCCUCCACCGUCCAAUCAUUCACCUCAAUCACGCAUUUUGAAACAAUGCAUGAUGAUAUUUGUCGUCUGGCAAUGAACAAGAGAGCCACUAUUGUGAUCAUGCCGUUUCAUAAGAAAUGGGCCAUCGAUGGCUCCAUCGAAUCUACAAGCCGUUCUAUCCAACAAAUGAACCGCAAAGUCCUCAAAAACGCUCCAUGUUCUGUUGGAAUUCUCAUUGACCGUGGAAUCUUAAACGGGUCAUUAUCUGUAUUGAAUGGUAGGUUGUUGUUCAAUGUUGCUGUUCUAUUCUUUGGCGGCCCAGAUGACGCGGAGUCACUAGCUUAUGGAGCUCGCAUGGUGAGACAUGGAUGUGUAAAGAUAACAGUCGUGAACUUCCUUCUCUUUGGAAAUGCAAACAGUAAAGAAAGGAAGCGAGACAGCGAUUUAAUCAAUGAAUAUCGACAAGGUAACUUGGGAAAUCAGCAUUUUUUGUAUUUCGAAGAAGUGGUAAGAGAUGGGGUAGAGCUCGCUGGAUGUCUGGCAAAGAUGGUGGGCUGUUUCGAUUUAAUUUUAGUGGGGAAAUAUCAUCAGAAGUCUCCUCUUUUUAUAGGCCUUGAAGAGUGGAGUGAGUGCCCUGAGCUCGGGGUCAUUGGCGAUAUGCUUGCUUCACCAGAUUUUGAGUGCACUGCAACAGUCUUAGUCGUUCAGCAGCCAAGAAUGAGAGUGAACGAAACGGAGCCGCUUAUUCAUGACGCGCCAGACGAUAACAGAGUAUGCCUUUCGAUGCAGAGAAGGAAUUAGAGAAUAUUUUAGGAUGUCAUUAUUGUUGUUAUUAUUAUUAGUUUUU